CAACCUUCCAUCCGCUAGCAGCAAAUCUAUCUACAGAUAUGUAUGUACGCAUCCCGCCCUCUCGAAGCGAAUGCUGUUCCACCCAUGUCCUGCCGUCCAACGACCCUCUUUCUCUUCCCAUUUCGUGCCGACGAGCAAGCUGUUUUCCAAAGAAGGCCUCGCGAUCGCUUCUCCACUCGUCUCAGCCCCUCUAUUCCGCGUCGGCCCCCCCAACGAUCGGCCUUUUCCCUUCUUCCUAAGCCCUCUGCCGCUGUUGUUGAUCUUCAACGAGGACCGACCCCUACCUGAUCCUCGUCGUCCUUGGACCAGUCAAACCUUGGUCACUCUUCUUGGGCACCAUCCGUUCUUAUUCCAGCCGUCGAAUCGCUACCGCCACAUCGCACCUGCUCCGACUCGCAUUCUCGACUGGCAAAACCACGUCCUUUGCUCGACCCUUUCCUAUUGGCAUGGUGCUGUUAGUGACGAGGCAUGAAUUCUACUGCUCUUUCGAUCGCGUCGGACGAAGGAGAUGUUUCGUGGUCGGAUAAUCAUAGCUACUCGUCCGACGACAAUAUGCAAGACGACUUGCUCAUCCCGCACUCACCCGCUUCUCAAACGACGCCCGCUUGGAUGAACUCGGCCGCGAUCUCUCAUUCCGAUAAUUGUCCGCUGUCCCCCGCCAGCGCCGCCAUAGACAUCUCGAAUAUGAACCCGUCUUGCGCCCCGACAAUGGUACACUCCGCGUCCUCGUCUUGCACCGAUUCCUGGAGCAACAGCCACGCUGAGGUCUUUGACGGGGAACAGGACUCGGGCGACAUCCUCACCGCACCCAAACUUGAACCCUUGGACGAUGAUUUCAACCUCGACGAUGUGACUGAAGCCCCCUUGGCGACAGCGCAGGCCCCUUUCGUCGCGGCUGCGAACCAGCCAAAACAGAAACGCCCUCGCGGUCGACCUCGUAAACAUCCUGUGGCGCCUAUCAUCAACCCGAGCAAGGUCACCAAGGGUCGGUCCAAAACAGGCUGUAUUACCUGCCGAAGGCGAAAGAAGAAGUGCGACGAGGCCAAACCGAGAUGCAUGAAUUGCGAGAAGAACGCUGUCGUUUGCGAAGGAUAUCAUGAGAAGAAACUCUGGAGAAGCGGCAAAGAAAAGGCUACAACAGACCAUCUCGGGGACGAGGAAUCCCUUGUCUUUACCAUGCAGCCACUCUUCAAUGGUGUCGACACGGUCGAAGACAAGAUCUUUUGGCGACAUUACGGAGUCCAUCUCAGUAACGUCCUCACCGUCGAAGGAGAGGCCAAGAAUGCAUUCAAGGACGUUAUACUCCCCUUGGCAAACCUUCAUCAGGGCGUGAUGCACUCUAUUCUCGCCAUGAGCAGUAAACACAUCGACUUUGAGACGCCGUACGGCGUUAAGCUCUUGGAGAAAACCCCAACGACCAACCGUGAAGCACUGCAGGCAAGGUCGGCAUAUCACGAGGCGCAGGCAAUGAAAACGUUGUACGCCGACAUGAAUCGCACUGGGGACGAAGACGACGACGGGACCGACCGACAGACGAUCCUUUCCGCGCGCUACGCGCAAAUCCUGUGCCUUGUUGUCACCACCUUGAUCGAGGGUGAACCGCACGGCGCCCACCGGGUUCACCUUGGUGGUUACAAACGACUUAUUCAGGAGAGCCCCCCCGAGGAUCCCGUUUUCUUAGCCUUUAUCACCGAAUUUUUCCAAUAUCAUAUUUACGCAGACGAACUCCUGUGGCAUCCAACCCGCAACUGCCCACGCCUGGCUUCGGAAGGCUGGAGUUCUCUAGUUCCCCUUGACUCGCCACGUCUUCUCGGCGUUGCCGAUGGACUAUUCCAUCACCUGUGCCACAUAACCACAAUACGAAACACCAUCAGGGAGAACAUCUACAGAGGUGCCGAUACUGUGGUAACCUAUCACAUACUUUACCAGGCGCAGGAAAUUCAGGAGGCCAUCGAGCAAUGGAUGCCCACUUGGCCGACGGGUGAUAGCCGACACCGGGUCGGCUUGGUCUACAAACACAUGAUGUUCCUACAUCUGUUCCGCACCAUUUAUCCCCCCACGUCUCCCCAGAGACGGCCCUCGGUAUUUUCCGUGGCGACCUCUGUCGCCACGUCGGUUUCUUCAAUUUCCUCCCGGCGCCACUCACAAAUAUCCCGGCCUUCGACCGCUACGAGUUGCGCCUCUUCCCCCAGCCUACGGCCUACGACGGCCGCGGGGUUCCCCUCGUCGAUGCAACCGAAGCGCGAGCCGAGCUCUCGGGGUCCGUCGAGGACAAGCUCGAUGCACGAAUCUGAUGCCGGCUCCUCCAGCUGCGCCAUCAUCGACGAACAGCGACCUGCCUCUCCGCCGCCAAUUCGACGUCCUCCUCAGCACGAUAACCGCAUCACCUCUGCGGUCGAUGAGUCUCUGGCCAUCAUGGAGGGUUUCAAGCCAUCAGACCCUGCGUUGACUCUUUUAUUGAUGCCAAGUCUUGUCAUUGGUACCACAUGUUUUGAGCCUGCUCAACAAGAGCGGAUCCGUUCCAUCGUCCGGUCAGUCCGCGGCUAUACCGGUCUUCGCAACUGCGACCGGGUCCUCGAGGUUCUCGAAGAAGUCUGGCACUUGAUGGAUUUUGGCGAUUGGGUCUCCGUCUGGGACUGGCAAGGCGUGGCUAGAAGACUCGGGCUUGACUUUCUGUGCACCUGAGCAAGCCUGACUAGGACUCACGCAGCCAUGUUUUCACGUAUUCCUGCCAUUUUUUGUUGCCUAUAUUGAUUUCAGCCUUAUUUGGUUUUAUUUCUGUCGGUAUCAUCCGCGUGUUGUAUUCUCUCGCUAUUCUUUUAUUGUUUCUUCAUCAUAUAUUUCCUAUUUCCUCAUAUAGGCUGCUUGUUAUGUCGGAGCUCUCGGACGAAGUAUGUAACAGAGGCAACAUCGUGUACACGGGAUCUGGUUUGCAACAAGGUCUCUCACAUGCAUUGGAAUCGCAUGGGCCCAAGGACGGCUUCUUGUCAGCUCGGAAGUUGGAGAGGCAGACGCUUGAUUUACGGAGACAUUGAAGUCAAGAAAUCGGCAUGGUAUGUUGUCCAGCACGGCUUUUGGCUAAGACUCUGCAUACGCACGACAUUGUGUUGGAUGCCUAUAGAGGCAGGGAAAGGAGGGUUAUUCAUUGCGUGCAACUUAGUUGCGAUCUUUUUAGCGUUUCCUAUUGUAUUUGGGACGGCGGCUGUUUGUUUUCUGAUGGCAUUAAGGUCGCACUGGGGCAGAUAGGGUAUAUCUUGGGAGGCUCGGACAGUGUCCGGUUUGUUUUUAUUUUGCACACAGUGAUCACCGCUAUUGAUUCAUCUUGGGCUCGGAGCUCCGGUACGAUGGCAUAGGGAGCGCGAAGACGCAUGCUAUUAGGUCAGGCAUUGAAGGAAUAGCUACGACACAAUACAAACUGCGCCGGU